UCGACGGACGAUGUGGAGGAUGUACCUGUAGGCUUGUUUUAAUCCCCAAAAGUAUUCGACACGUCGCGUGCUCAAGGAUUCUUCACAGAGAACUGGAGCAUUUCCUAUAUAAAAAUCGGCCGAGGUCCAGACACAAACAAAGUCGUCUGGUUUAAAACAGUCUAUUUUUACAGCCAAAUACUUAGUGAUAUCGAUGAAGGAGACAUCAAUUUUCACCUGUACUCUAUAGCUAGAUGUACAUGUAUGCGCGGUGACAGUGAUACUAAACACAUACCUUGCGGGGUCAUUCUAUAGCCGAGGAGACGAACAGGUGUGUGUGACCAGCAUAACACAGGACCAAUUUCCAUGGAUGUUUUUAACCAGAAACAACGUCAUUACUAACCUCAGGUGUGUGACCGUUGACUUGCUGGAUAGACGGGUAUGCCUAGCCGAGGACACCUCGACAUGUUAUGAGCUAGACAGAUACGCCGGGAUGCCGAGCACGCCUCGUUGUUUUAUAAAAUGCCCUGGCAAAUGAUACCAAUACGCCUGACGUACACGCGAACAAGAUGGCGUCGACUGCUCUUGUGUCUCAUUGGCCUGACUGUUGUGCUGAGCAUCGUAAACCUGUGGACGGACCUGAACAUUAAGUGUACGGCCUGUAGGUCGGUACAUCUCUUCCACAGACACUAUGUUGAGCUGGACUUCGACUAUCAGAAAUACAUCAACGCCACGUGGGAGGCACGAGGGAAUAACGACAGUCUUCUGACACUGUUUACCACGUGGAACCCUUCCAUGCAGAAGCCGGUAGUGUACCACAACGCCCUUAGGAACUGGGCGUCUCUAAGUCGCAGCGUCACGACACUGGUGUAUUCCAACGACACGGAAGUGGAGAAUAUCGCUAAACAACACAAUUGGCAGGUGAAAAAAAUAGAUCGUACUGCGUGUUUCGGAACGCCAGUUCUUAGGACCAUGUUUCAGGAGGUUAUAGGGGGAGCGAGGAGUAAGUUUUAUGGUUACGCUAACGCAGAUUUGGUAUUCAAUGAUGGCUUAGUGAAAACACUAGAAGCUGUAGCGGAAAAUCCAGAGUUCUCUAAAGGGCCGUUACUGAUUGUAGGAAAACGAGUGGAUGUAAAUAUAUCUAAGCUACAGGAACCGGUAAUCAACGGUACUAAAGACGUGGAGAAACUAGCUCCACACGGCAAACUCUCGUGGGGAUUUGCAGGGGAUUACUAUAUAACGAACGAGCUGUUUCCAUGGGAAUUUGUGCCGGAUCUUGUGAUAGGACGCCCUCUGGUGGACAACUGGCUCAUCUGGUAUGCGCGUGAAGUCGGUGCAAAAGUUGUGGAUGCUUCCGGUUCCAUUCUAGCAGUUCAUCAAUUAGCUAACGGAUUGAAGAGGAUCAAAUUUAUGUGCAACAAGGCGGAAAUGUGGAAAAAGAAGCUACUCCCCAACCUGCCUGUAUGGAAAGGAAUGAUAGAUUGUGCUGGGUACGAAUCUAGAGUGGGCGAUAGUGGAAAAGUAUUUAUUUUGCCAAAAAUAUUUUUACCGGAAAUUUGUAAUCAUGAUGAAGCUAUUUUCCACUGACGAACGUAGACCUUAGGUACCGUAGUCAGCAUGUUGUGUAUUUUAGCCUAGAAUACAGUGUGCUUUAUCAAGAUCUACAGUUUUACUCAAGCAGAUAUUGUAGGAAUGCCUUAGAUUUACAGUAAUGGCGGUAUAUACGAAAAAUGACGUAUUUUGGACUACUCAAUAAAUCACAGACAUGCUUUAACGUGCCACACCUGUUUAACCUAGCUUAACGAUAAAGUAGAACUGCCACCGACAUGUAUAGGAAACACACAUUUCCUUCGAGUGUAACUUACAAGUUUAAGUUUGAUAGUCACUAACGAAAUUAUCUUUCGGUAUGGUUUUACCAUGUUUAUUCGAGAACGACUCAUAACAAUACGUAAACGGGGUAUGGCUGAUCAGAGCAAGCAUGGUGACUAUUUAUUGAGUAAUCGUCAAAUCGUGGAGUAGAUUGUUACCUAAGCUUUAUGAGAUUAUAAGGUGGAAACCAGACUUUAGUGUUUGGUAAAAAGGUGGUAACGAAGGCUAUAUUAAAUGGUUACUAGGUGGUAACCAAGGAUGUAGUGUGUGGUUACUAGGUGGUAACCAAGUCUGUAAGGUGUGUUUAUAAGGUGGUAACGAGGGCUAUAGGGUGUGGUUACUAGGUGCUAAACAAUGCUGUAGUGUGUGGUAAAUAGGUGGUAGUCACGGCUGUAGUGUGUGGUUACUAGGUGGUAACCAAUGCUAUAGUUAGUGGCUA